AUGGACCCCACCGACGUGGUGACGUGGAACUCCGUGAUUCACGCCCUCGUCCACGCUGGAUUGCCCAGCGCGGCGCUGGGCCACCUCAAACAAAUGCACUCGCGGGGCAUUCCGAGUAACGCGACCGCGCUCGCCGCGGCUCUUCCGGCGUGCAAUUUGAACUCGGGCAAGCAAAUUCACGGCUACGCAACCAGGCACCUCGAUAAGCCGAGCAGCAACCUCGUGACUAAUGCCCUGAUCAGCAUGUACUCCAAGUCCGGGUGCAUCGGCGCCGCGCACCUCGUGUUCUCGACCACGGACGCCAAGGACGUCGUGUCGUGGAACACGAUGAUCGGCGCGUGCGCGGCCCACGGGCUGGCCCGGCAGGCGCUGGAGCUCGUACGCCUAAUGCGACGAUCCGGAGCUAGGUUAGACGCCGUGACGUUCACCAGCGCGCUCAUGGCUUGUAGCCAUUGCGGCUUCGCGGACGAGGGGCUCGAGCUGUUUGAGAGAUUGGUUCGAGACGAGGGUCUCACUCCGACGAUGGAGCAGUACGCGUGCAUUGUCGAUAUGCUCGGACGAGCUGCGAGAUUCGAAGAGGCGGUCGGGUUUAUCGGCAAAAUGCCGGUCAGCGCGACCGCGGUCGUGUGGGGGGCGUUAUUGUCCGCGUGCCGGAUGCACCAUAACGUGGAGUGUGGGGAACUGGCUUUCGAGGAGCUGGUUCGGUCGGAGCCCGAGAAUCCGGGGAAUUUCGUGACCAUGUCGAACAUUUAUGCGAAGGCGGGGAGAUUGGAAGAUGCGAAACGGGUGCGGAGGAUGAUCGAGAGGGAAAAUAUGGCGAAGCCCGCGGGGCGGAGCUGGAUUGAAGCUACAUAG